AGGAGUCGGUCUCCUUGUGUUACUUCUCUUCGUAUUCGUGUCGAGAAUUCGAUCACGACCAAUUGGUGUCUAUGUCGUGUUUUCAAUUGUAAUUGUGCUGUGGUCUGUUGGAUUCGCUGCUUUUUUGUCACCUGUUGGACUGAAAGCUGGACUCAUAUCUCUGGCCUGUAUACUUGUGGUGGAAAUUCCAAUAGUUGCGUUGGCUAUGCUCAUGCCUCGAUUGAAUCCGUUGGGGGUGAUAGUGUUUGACACGGUUACAUUGACGUUAGCGAUAGUGGUACUCGUCUUGAGCGUUUUCUAUGUGUUCUCCAAGCAAGAUAUAAUUUUAGCUCUGGUGGUAUUUUUCUGUGCGUUAUUCAUACUCUUC